AUGGAGAAAGGUAGAUUUAGAACAAAAACCAUACACAAAAUCCCACCUCCUACUGCCCCUGCUUUUUCAUCACCACCCACCUUAACAAACUCAGGUGGUGGUGGCUUAAGACCCAGAUCCAAAAAUCGAUGGGAAAAGUCACGAACCCUUAAGAAUCGAUUAGCUUCUCCUUCGAUGGCAUACUCAUCUGGAUCAUCAUCUGAGAACCACGUUGUUCUCACUACUAGGAAUCGUGACAACGACCUGUUCGCUUGUCGUCAUCCAAAGUUAAGCGUAGAAAGGAUGUCGAUGUCAGAUAAGAAUCCAACUCGUAGAUUUCGCAACUGCGUUGACUCUUUGGUGGAGAUGGCAGUUAAGAAGUUUAAAUACUUCAAGUGGAUCGAUGAUGAGCUGACACCACACUACAAGAAUGCCUUUAACAAUCUCAAGUAUGAGUUGAAACUAAUGAAAGACACUAGUUACGCUGCAAGACUAGAGAGAAGGGUAGCUUUGUUGGAGAACCUGAAUGGUGAAGCCACUGCUGCUAAAGAAAUUGUUGAUGGUGAGUUAGCCAUGGCUGUUCAAGAAAACAAACAAUUGAGGGGUGAGUUGAAGUUCGUGAGGAUGAAGUUCAGGAUUGCUAUGAUGUUUCUUGUGCUUCUUUCUGCUGUGUUGAUGAUGCAGAAAACAAAGGUGGUGGGAUAG